CUUGAGUCGCAGUCUACUCUCUGGCUGUUUUAGUCUCUCUCCGGCUUCCAUAGGGAGGCGGGAGUAGAGCGGUCGUCUUGGCUUCCCCCCUGCGAAGCUAUCUGCGGGCGCCCCCAGCUGCUGGCACCAUGCUGAGUUCCCCUUCAGCCCCCGUCCUCUGCCUUCUCCGGAGGAUCGCAGGGGCAGCGUGCAAAAUCCGGAGGCAGCCAACUCUCCAUCAGGUUUGCUCCCCUUUUGCCACGGGAUCCAGGCAAGAUGUUGGCACAAUCUAUGAACUUCGUACUUAUGAUAUCAAGCCAGCAAAGACAAAGGAAUUCCUUGAAUUGGUCAAUAAGAGUAUUAAUAUUCGUUUGGCUCACUCGGAGAUGAUUGGAUUCUGGAUGGCGGAGUUUGGUUCAAUGAACAAGGCCUUCCACAUUUGGAAAUAUGAUAACUUUGCCCAUAGAGCAGCUGCAAGGAAAGCUGUAGUGAAUGAUAAAGAAUGGCAGGAAAAGUUGACUACAAUUUUACCACUGCUGUAUAAACAGCACAUGGAAAUUGCUUACCUGGUCCCAUGGUGUGAACUUGGGGUUUCUCCAAAACCAGGAGUUUAUGAGUUGGUUACUUAUCAACUGAAACCAGGUGGGCCAGCAUUGUGGGGAAAGUCUUUCAAAGCAGCAAUUGAUGCUCACAUCAGUAAAGGCUACACUAAGCUGAUUGGUGUCUUCCACACAGAAUAUGGAGCACUUAAUACAGUUCAAGUGCUUUGGUGGUAUGAGAACCCAGAUGCCCGUGCAGCUGGAAGGCACGAUGCCCACGAAGAUGCUAGGGUGGUAGCAGCUGUACGGGAGAGUGUCCAGUUCUUGGAAUCCCAGAAAAACAUGCUCCUGAUUCCUACAUCAUUUUCACCUUUGAAGUAGUUCUCUACCUACGGAGGAGAAACAGUCUGCACCUAUCCUCCACUACAAUAUUUGUGUCUUAUUGCAGGUAGAGUGUAGCCUUGUAAGAUAUUGCAUUGUAUCUGAAACAAACUCAAUUAUGCAACCGUUAACAAAGUUUAUUUCCUGUCUAUAUUAAACAACAACAGCAAAAACAAAUCUAGGCUCAAAUCAUACAAACAUUUCAUGAAAUUUAGCACAGGAUCUCAGUCCUAAGGGAUCUUCCAAAAGAUUUCACUUCUUUCUGACAGAAGUGAAAAUAUGCAGGACAAGCUGUUGAUUUAGUUGUUUUAAAAAUCCCCUUUAAACUGUUUAUGGAUGCAAUCAAGAAUAACAAAACUAUGGAUUCCUACAUGCUGAAAUGCUCAAACCCAAAGGUAAAUACUAAAAAGGAGGUGUCCUAGUGGUCCCUUGUACAAGUGGUGAAUCCUUCACACACUAACUUGUACUGCAAUACCAAUUACUAGGGGUUUUUUAACAGAUGUAACAGUCAUUAUCUAGAUUACAGUGCACCAUAAACAGAAAAAAGGAAUAUUGUUUCCCUUGCUAGAGCUGCUCUUAAAUAUAUAUUGCUGGAUCUGAUCACUCUAUAAAAUCCAUUGCUGCUAGGUUUGUUGCUGCUUUGCAUAUCAUUUUUUAAAAACGGAAAAGCAGCCUACAAAUAUUUAAAUAAGUUGUGAUGGUCAGGACUAUUAAUAUGAAACUAAACAUGGAUGAAUUAUUCAUGGUUUUUGUUAUGAAUUAUAUGUAUCAAAUUCUAUUCUUUAUCAUUGAGUUGUUUUUGGCCUUUUAGAUAAAACUAUUUCUUUGGCAUUUUAGAAGAAAACUUUAUUAUGGAGUAAAGCUUAAAUUCAAUAAAUUCUUAUGAAAUAUUGAUAA